ACGCCUAGGAAAUGUAAACAGACCAAGAUGUAAACAAACCAGAUGUAAACAAACCGACAUGGGCUCCGUAUAAUCAUUUCCAGGAGAUUCAACAUCAGGAAUACACGCCUCUGACCACCUCCAGGAGACUGUCAGGGCGAGUAGAGUCUGUUAGAGUGUCAUAGCCAAGGAGACUCACUUCACUUGGUCAGCAUUGCAUCAGGAAUACACGCCUCUGACCACCUCCAGGAGACUGUCAGGGGGAGUCGAGUCUGUUGGAGUGUCAUUGCCAAGAAGACUCACCUCACUUCAACCCAAACAGAGUUAUCUCCUUCUUUUCUACCCACACUCAUCAUAAAAGCCGUAGAUUCUGUUGAUGAAGGAGACGAAGAAGGAAGAAGGAAAGAGGAGGAAACCAAACAAGAAAGGAAAGGAAAAGGAGGAGGAAAAGAAUUGGUCAUGUAAGUCAUUCAUACAAGAUCACCACCAACCACAUCCACAACUGCUGCCAGGGUGUGGAGGCGGGGAAUAUAUUACAGGCAGGCCACAUAGGGAAGGCCUUCAUCAUGGAGACCAAUUUGAAAGAUCCCAACCUCAACCCUUCCCAAGAGAUGCGCUGGAGCCAUGCAAAGGUGCUGGCCCUCAUCAGCAGCGUGGAGGAGCUGUUUGAGGACUUUUACGACACAUCCGUGAAGAAGAAGCACAUCUGGAGCAGGGUGGCCAAACAGAUGCUGGAGAAGGGCUACACUUGCAACGGCCUGGCCUGUGACAAGAAGUGGAGGAACCUCAAGGGCACCUACAUCAAUGUGCUCCAGAAACAGCUCCAGGGGGACACCAACUCGCGGUUUGAGUACUUCGACGCGAUGCACCACAUCCUCGGGCAGGAGAUUGGCUCCGAUGACCUGAACGAACAGAGUACAAACCAGGAGAAGGAGCCAGAUGCCACAGACGCUGCAGAGUUCAAGGACCUCACAGACGAUGACGGGUUCCACUGGGAUGACCAAGAGGUGAAUCUCCUUCUAGACUGCAUAACGGAGUGCAAAAAAGCCUUCGCUGUGCCCAACGCUGACCUGGACAAUGUGUGGGAGGACAUUGCCGGGCAGAUGAGUCACGUCGGGGAGGAGGUGACCAGCGAGCAGUGUCAGCGCAAGUGGCUCAGCCUGGAGGAGGGCUUCAGGGUGCACCAGGCCCAGGCGGAGGCCACGGGGGUUGUGCCGCUGUGGGCCCACUACACCCGCACCGGAGAGGUGGCCGAGGCCGUCAGUGUGCGAACCACAUUCCAAAUACAGAAGAAAAUCCGUGUCAAAUCUCAGCAGGAGCUCCGCAGCAAGAGUAGCCCAAGGAACGUCAGCCCUGCCAAGACAGUGCACAAGAGCAGCCUGAAGGAUGCCAGCUCUGCCAAGACAUUGCACAAGAGCAGCCAGCGGAACAGCAGCCCCUCCAAGGCAGCCAGGCCCAGGGUGGGCAGGGAACAAGGUGUGCUGGCACGUGUCAAGCACAUCGAGUCGUCCCUGAGUGUGCGGCAGCGGCUGGAGAGGCUGGAGGCACGCGUGGAGGCCUCGCGGCAGCAGCGAGAGACCACACGAAGGACCAACGCCCUGCUGGCGCAGGUCCUGGCCGAGCUGCGCAGGAUCAACGGGGCCCUGAAGCAGGACAGCUCCAUGGGCAAGGUGCAGGUCAUGCAGGGCCAGUCCUCAGACCCUGGCUCCUGCAGCCCCAAGAACCAGGAGUUCAUCAUCGUGGAGGCCUACACAGACCCACUAUGAGACAAAGCUGCCUGCCCCCACAGGCCCAAGGUACAGUCAACCUAGAUAGUUACCCACCUCAUGAAGUGAUAUGAAAAUGACAUGAAACAUGUGCCAUUCACAACAAGCAGCAGCCUGCAAAUUAAUCUGAAUUUGAUUAAUAUGUUGUUCAUGGGGUGAACAGCUGGGCCACCUGCAGUAUCUCCCUCAAGAUGCCCAUGUGUUGUGAUGAGGGUCAGUUGGAAGAAGAGUGUGUUACAUUGAGUGGGUGAGAACUUUAUUUCUGUGCUGCAGUGUGUGCAAACUUCCAUGCCUAACAUGUUGCCCCAGAGACUGCUUGGCAUGAAAUGACUGUCUCUUUUUAAGGAUCCACUUGACUGUGGCUAAUGCUGUGCCAGGAAGUAGGAUGUUGCGUCUCCUUGCCAGCCUGCUGACAUGACGGGAACAAAGACAUGAGGUGCCCAGGUGAUGUGUAGACCCAUGCGUAACAAGUGUGUCAUGGUCUUAGGCAAGUCAAGCAGUGUGACGGAACCCAUCAUGACUCCCUGAACCAAAUUACAAGGACAUUGACUUAUUUAGUAAGAAUCUGCACACCAGAAGUAAGUUUAUCAGAACAACUUUGAUAAUUUAGAAAUGUAUAAGUAUUUAGCAUGUAUUAAGACAUUGUGUUUUGAUGACGGGACUUGCCAGCUUCUAUAAUACAUCAGUGCCUCGGAAAUGUCUCUUGUGUGCUUAUAAUCUCUUGCAGUACUCACUGUUUUAGAUUGCCUUGGCUGUGUUAGAUUUGUAAGGAGCAUUUAAGUAUUCAUGUGUAGUGCAGCGACUUGCCUGAUGGGCGAGCCUCCCAUAACUCACUCUUUGGCCGACUGGUUAAAAGUUGCUCUCCCGUCUCGCUGGUCGCGGGUUCGAUCCCUGGUGCCGGCAAAACCUUUCCUUGUCUGGAUUAAUUUCUCGUGUGUUUCGUUACUCGCAGUGGUCGUGUGGGAAUAGUAAAAGAGUAAAUUCUGGCGUUACGCAUGAAGCUUAUAUUUUUCUAUAUUCCCCAUCAUGUCUGUGGUAAUCAGAGUUCAUAAGGAUAAUGAGGUUGAAGAACAGGAAUGAGGAAGUUUGAGUAGGUAAACUUAAAGAAGGAAGAAAGUUUGUUCUGUUCUCUUAAGGCUAGUGUUGUGUGCAUGAGUACAAAAUAGCUAUAUCUAUGUACAUAUGUAUAUUAUAAAGCCUCGGAAUAAUACAGAUACAAAGCUCGUU